AACAACAAAACUAUUUGCAUUCAGGGAGUCGCGUGAAUGCUGGGUUACUAUAUCAGGAUUCUUACAACGCCAGAUCAACACUUGCAGUGGAAAAAAAACACACAACUUGUAUCUCAUAUUAAAACGAACAAACUAGUCCACUCCGUAUCUUAUCGGCCGCAUGUCGCCGCAGCUUUGCGCGGAUAAACAGUGCUGUGCGCCGCGGAGCACCAAAAAGGAAACCCAAGGACAAAAAGACUUCCAACCAACGAUUUAAAAGGAAAUCUUCUUCCAGCCGUACAUCCAGCACUUAAUCUAAAAGACUUUAACGAUCUGAACCACGCGAGCGGAGCACCACCGUCCCCGUGAAGCUGCGUAAACGCCCCGGAGUGGGUUUUUUGUUUUGUUUUCCGCACAGACGCAGACGACUCCCUCCUGCUCAGCAGCGGCCUCCAUUUUAGCUCCUUGCCCGGUCGGUGCCUCACGUGUCCUGGACUGUCUUUCUCACAUGACCCGUGUGUUUGUCCCCGUGAUCAGCGCUUCCAUCUCCGUAAAUCAGUGCCGUUGAAUAGCAGCGUUUUAAACCCGCAAAAGCUUCAUGGAUAUGCUGGAGCAGAGUCUGGACAGCUCGGCGAGUCACGACAAACAGGAAACGGAAGAGGUGGUGCAGUUACAGGAAGGUCUGCCUUGGUGCACAGUCUCAGAUUUACAACAUGUUGACCUGUGUGUUGCAGGAGAGACGGUGGGGACGGAGGAGCAGACUGCAGUGACCAUCACCGGCGUCCCGCAGGCUGCGUUCGCUGACAAUGUGCAGUACCAGUUCCGCACAGAGAACAGUGGAGGACAGGUGACGUACCGAGUGGUUCAGGUGACAGACGAGCAGUUAGAAGCAUCAGCUGAUGGGACUGGAGCUGUCAGCGUCGUCUCCGCUGCCGCAUUCGCAGGAGCAUCUCAGGCUGUGGCACAGGCUGUUAUCCAGAACCCUUUCAGUAACGGGGGCAGUCCUGGCGGGGAGACUGUGGGAGGAGAGACACGUUUCGCUUAUUUCCCCGCCGCCACCGUCAGCGAUGGAACAGCCGUGUCCGUGCAGGCCACCGCCGACCCAACGAUAGCACAGGCAGGAGGCCAGUUUUACGUGAUGAUGAGCCCCCCCGAGGUGCUACAGACGGCAGCUCCUCGUACCAUCGCACCGCGCACGCACACCUACACUGCAGACCUUGGUGAAAGCGAGAUGUUGCAGCAUGGCAGUUCAGACUGGAAGGUGGACGGUCCACGGGCGCCCAGGGAUGAGCGGCGGAGAGCACAGCACAAUGAAGUGGAAAGAAGAAGAAGAGACAAGAUUAACAACUGGAUUGUAACACUUUCAAAAAUCAUCCCUGACUGUAGCAUAGACAGCAGAACUGGAGCGAGUAAAGGCGGCAUCCUGUCCAAAGCUUGUGACUACAUCCGAGAGCUGCGUCAGAGUAACCAGCGACUGCAGGACAGUUACAAAGAGGUGGAGCGAGUGGAGAUGGACAACGAGCUGCUUAGACAACAGAUUGAAGAACUGAAGAAUGAUAACGCACUGCUUCGGGCACAGCUACAGCAGCACGGCGUAGAAGUCAAUGGAGAUGCAACACCACAGUGAUUGUGGACUGGACACAUGAAACAUCACAAACACAAUGUCGCAAUCACCCACCCACCUGAACAAAGGAAAGGAAUAACAAUGAGAGACAAUUUCCAUCUGAAACUGGACCACACAAACACACACACAGGGCUCGAGAAAAACACUGAAGGACUACGAAGGCCUCCUCCACCUCCAGCUGUUUAAGGCUGAAUGCUCUAAAAUCCGUUAACUGUGUAGCUAACCGAACGUCUCACCUAUACUUCAAGGAAUACGACCUCAGCACAGCACCACCAAGCUUGCACCCAACUUUGUUUUUACUUUAAAUUAUGAACCUGCCACAGAAAAAUUUACUUUUAAUAAUUUCACUUUUUUUUUUUUAAUCGUACCGCGAACUUCUCCUCCUACUUCCUUUUUUUUGUUGUUGACAUUUGCUGUGUUUGAAACUACUAAAUGUGACAUGAAUGAUAGCUUCCAUUUACGUUUAAUUUAUUAGUGUUUAAGGAACGUGUAUAAAGAAAGAAAAGCUGAUUCUAGAAUUUACUUUCCCCAGAAACCAACGCAUAAUGGGCAAAUCAGAUAUUUUGAUCAUGCUCAUCACUGUUACUAAGGAUAGUUUUACUGUCUGUGGAUGAUGUGUAUAUAGUUUAUCCGUGUACAAUUUGAGGUAACUUUUUCCAUGUCUGCCUCUGUACACUGACACUCCAAGCACCAGGCAGAGCUCACACAUUUUAUAAACAUAAUCCAAUGUUGGUAAAAAAAAAAAAAACCACUCUUACUUCUCUGAAAGUCAAAACAGCUUGAUAGCACAGGCAUGGAGUUUUUUUUUUUUUUUUUGUGCAAGGCCUUAAUAGAAGCCUGUCGGGAGAGUCUUGGUGUUCACAUAGCUCAGGUAAUGGGGAUAGUGCACUCAAUGAAGUCUUUACACAGAGUUUAGAUCUCUCGUGUGUCCCCAUUAGGUGCAAUGUACAGAUAAAUGAGAAUAGGAGGAUCAUUUUUAACGGGCAUUAAAAUAUGGUUGAUUUGUAUCUGCUUAUAGGUCAUGAGUGUAAUGCACUUAAAUAGAGGUUCAGUCAUGAGAGGUACUGGUUAGAGACCAGCUUCUGUUUGGUCCAAUAGUCCUGCUGCAUUUUUGGACACCUGAGAUGGCUUUUUCUGCAAUCUUCCCUUUAUCCUUUAAAACUUUGGGAAGCUUUGAUGCUGACCAAAGACCAUAAAAAAAAAUCAUGGUCAAGAAUGUGCAGAGUAGUUUGGAAGCGAGCAAUGAUAGUAACUAACCAGCUUUUGUCUACACUGAAAGUCACCACAGCAUGGAGAUAUAACCACUGGCAUGACUAAUUCUGAUACUACAAUAAAGAGUGUUUAUACCCGA